CCUCCUCGCUGCACCAUGACAGAGGAAAGCAAAGGGGAAGGCAAGGGGGAAAGCGGGAAAGACUUGGAAAAGCAGCUUCGCCUGCGCGUGUGCGUCCUCAACGAGCUGCUCAAGACCGAGCGAGACUACGUGGGCACGCUGGAGUUCCUGGUGUCGGCUUUCCUUCACCGAAUGAUCCAAUGUGCUGCAGCCAAAGUAGAUAAAAAUGUCACAGAAGAGACAGUUAAGACGUUGUUUUCAAAUAUUGAAGAUAUUCUUGCAGUUCACAAAAACUUCCUUUCCCUGGUGGAGGAGUGCUUACAGCCAGAACCUAAUGCACAGCAUGAAGUUGGAACCUGCUUUCUUCAUUAUAAAGAAAAAUUCCGUAUUUAUGAUGAAUAUUGCAGUAAUCACGAGAAGGCACAGAAAAUUCUCCUUGACCUUAACAAAAUAAGAACAGUGCGGACCUUUCUUUUGAAUUGCAUGCUUCUUGGAGGACGCAAGAACACAGAUGUACCAUUGGAGGGAUAUCUGGUAACACCAAUACAGAGAAUAUGCAAGUAUCCCCUUCUUUUGAAGGAGUUACUGAAGCGGACUCCAAGGAAGCACAGUGACUAUGCGGCACUAAUGGAAGCCCUCCAGGCCAUGAAAGCUGUCUGUUCCAACAUAAAUGAAGCCAAGAGACAAAUGGAAAAAUUAGAGUUUUUGGAAGAAUGGCAGUCUCAUGUGGAAGGAUGGGAGGGGUCCAACAUCACAGAUACGUGCACAGAAAUGCUACGAAGUGGACUACUAUUGAAGAUUUCAGCAGGAAAUAUCCAAGAGAGGAUAUUUUUUCUUUUUGACAACCUUUUGGUUUACUGCAAAAAAAAGCACAGGCGAUUGAAGAACAGCAAAGCAUCUACAGAUGGCCACCGUUACCUUUUUCGGGGCAGAAUAAACACGGAAGUGAUGGAGGUAGAGAAUGUAGAUGAUGGAACAGCUGACUAUCACAGCAGUGGCCACACUGUUAUUAAUGGCUGGAAGAUCCACAACACAGCAAAGAACAAAUGGUUUGUAUGCAUGGCAAAAACCCCUGAAGAGAAGCAAGAAUGGCUGGAAGCUAUUUUGAAAGAGCGAGAGAGAAGAAAAGGUUUAAAAUUGGGUAUGGAACAGGACACUUGGGUGAUGAUCUCUGAGCAAGGAGAACGACUGUACAAAAUGAUGUGCAAACAAGGGAAUCUCAUCAAAGACAGGAAGAGGAAAUUAACCACUUUUCCCAAAUGCUUUCUUGGAAGUGAAUUUGUGUCCUGGUUACUGGAAAUUGGAGAGAUACACAAAUCUGAAGAAGGUGUUCAUCUUGGCCAAGCUUUGUUAGAGAAUGGCAUUAUCCAUCAUGUUACAGAUAAGCACCAGUUCAAACCUGAACACAUGCUGUACAGAUUCCGGUAUGAUGAUGGAACGUACUACCCCAGAAAUGAGAUGCAGGAUGUGAUUUCUAAGGGUGUACGACUGUACUGUCGCCUUCACAGUCUGUUUACCCCAGUAAUUAGGGAUAAAGAUUAUCACUUGAGAACCUACAAAUCUGUGGUCAUGGCUAACAAACUCAUAGACUGGUUGAUUGCACAGGGGGAUUGCCGGACGAGGGAGGAAGCUAUGAUAUUUGGUGUAGCUCUUUGUGAUAAUGGAUUUAUGCACCAUGUGUUAGAGAAAAGUGAAUUUAAAGAUGAACCACUGCUGUUUCGUUUUUAUGCGGACGAAGAAAUGGAAGGGUCAAAUAUGAAGCACAGACUCAUGAAACAUGAUCUGAAAGUGGUGGAAAAUGUCAUAGCCAAGUCGUUACUGAUUAAAUCUAAUGAAGGCACCUAUGGUUUUGGUUUAGAAGAUAAAAAUAAGGUGCCAAUUAUUAAAGUGGUGGAGAAAGGAUCAAAUGCUGAGAUGGCAGGCUUGGAAGUUGGGAAAAAAAUCUUUGCCAUUAACGGCGACCUGGUUUUUCUGCGACCCUUCAGUGAAGUGGAUUGCUUCCUGAAAGCAUGUUUAAACAGCAGAAAACCCCUGCGGGUUCUUGUGAGCACUAAACCACGGGAGACAGUGAAGAUUCCUGAUUCUGCAGAUGGACUUGGUUUCCAAAUCCGGGGCUUUGGUCCAUCAGUUGUCCAUGCUGUUGGGAGAGGAACGGUGGCAGCUGCAGCAGGUCUCCACCCUGGCCAGUGCAUAAUCAAAGUGAAUGGAAUUAAUGUCAGCAAAGAGACUCAUGCAAGUGUUAUUGCUCAUGUCACAGCAUGCAGGAAGUACAGGCGGCCAAUGCAGCAAGAUUCUAUACAGUGGAUUUACAACAGCAUUGAAAGUGCACAGGAGGAUCUUCAGAAAACAAACACUAAGCCCUCUGGAGAUGAUGGAGGUGAUGCCUUUGACUGCAAAGUGGAAGAGGUAAUUGACAAAUUUAACACUAUGGCAAUAAUUGAUGGAAAGAAAGAUCAUGUGAGUCUGACUGUUGACAAUGUCCAUCUGGAGUAUGGAGUGGUUUAUGAGUAUGACAGCACAGCUGGAAUAAAGUGCCACGUCUUAGAAAAAAUGAUUGAACCAAAGGGAUUUUUCAGCUUGACUGCAAAGAUUCUUGAAGCACUGGCAAAAAGUGAUGAACAUUUUGUGCAGAACUGUAACAGCCUCAAUUCUUUAAAUGAAGUGAUCCCCACCGAGCUUCAAAGUAAAUUCAGCGUCAUUUGCAGUGAGAAAAUUGAGCAUAUCUACCGAAGAAUCUCUAGUUAUAAAAAGUUUUCAAGAGUAUUAAAAAACAGAGCUUGGCCUACCUUCAAACAAGCUAAGUCAAAGAUUUCACCACUUCACAGCAGUGAUUUCUGUCCAACCAAUUGCCAUAUCAAUGUGAUGGAAGUGUCUUACCCUAAAACCUCAACUUCCCUUGGUAGUGCCUUUGGUGUACAGUUAGACAGCAGAAAACAUUCUUCCCAUGAAAAGGAGAAUAAAAACACCGAUCAAGGUAAACUGAAUCCCAUGAUUUAUGUCCAGCAUACCAUUACUACUAUGGCUGCACCUUCAGGACAGUCACUUGGACAGCAAGAGGGCCACGGUCUGAGGUACCUCUUAAAAGAAGAAGAUUUAGAAACACAAGAUGUCUAUCAAAAAUUGCUGUUCAAAUUACAAGCUGCACUGAAAGAGGUGGAAACAUGUGUCUGUCAAAUAGAUGACCUUCUUUCUUCAAUAACAUACUCUCCCAAAUCAGAACGUAAAACACCUGAGCCUUUAAUGCCAGCAGACAGUGACAAUGAAAAGGGGGAAAGGAAUGGGAAGAAAGUCUGUUUCAGCAUGACAGGUGAUGAACAAGAAGAUUCUGGUCAUGAUACUAUCAGCAACAGGGAUUCUUACAGUGAUUGCAACAGCAAUAGGAACUCCAUUGCCUCGUUCACCAGCAUUUGUAGCAGUCAGUGCAGUUCAUAUUUUCACAGUGAUGAAAUGGAUUCAGGUGAUGAACUUCCCAUAAGUGUUCGAAUCUCCCAUGAUAAACAGGACAAGCUCCAUAGCUGUUUGGAGCAUCUUUUUGGUCAAGUUGAUUCAAUUGCCAGUCUUCUGAAAGGACCAGCUGUGAUGAGAGCCUUUGAGCAGACAAAAUACUUCACACCAGGUCGAGGCCUCCAAGAGUUUCAGCAGGAAAUAGAACCAAAGCUUAACUGUCCAAAGAGGCUACGACUGCACAUCAAGCAAGACCCUUGGAACCUGCCCAGCAGCGUCCGGAGUCUUGCCCAGAAUAUCAGAAAAUUUGUUGAAGAGGUGAAGGCACGAAUCCUCUUGGCCCUUCUUGAAUAUACAGAUAGUGAGAUACAACUGAGACGAGACAUGGUCUUCUGCCAGAGCCUAGUAGCCACAGUCUGUGCUUUUUCAGAGCAGCUAAUGGUGGCCUUAAAUCAGAUGUUUGAUAACAACAAAGAAUAUGAAAUGGAGACACUGGAGGCCAGCAGAAGGUGGUUGGAACAAAUAGCCAGUGCAGGUCUUCUCCUACAUUUCCAGUCCCUGCUUUCACCUAACCUGGCUGAUGAGCAAGCUAUGCUAGAAGAUACACUGGUUGCACUGUUUGACUUGGAAAAAGUUACUUUUUACUUCAGACAAUCAGAGCCAGAACCCCUAGUUGCAAAUGUACCGAUCACAUACCAAGCAGAAGGAAGCCGGCAGACCCUGAAGGUCUACUUCUACCUUGAUAGUUACCAUUUUGAACAGCUUCCUCAAAGGCUGAAGAAUGGAGGGGGAUUUAAAAUCCACCCAGUACUCUUUUCACAAGCACUGGAGAGCAUGGAAGGAUAUUAUUACAGAGACAGUGUCUCAGUAGAAGAAUUUCAAGCUCAGAUUAAUGCAGCCUCACUAGAGAAAGUCAAGCAGUACAACCAGAAACUACGGGCAUUCUACCUGGAUAAGUCAAACUUGCCUCCAAAUUCAACAUCUAAAGCAGCUUACAUAGAUAAGCUGAUGAGGCCUCUCAAUUGCUUGGAUGAACUUUACCGACUCAUAGGGUCCUUUAUUCGAUCCAAGCGCACCGCUGCCUGUGCAUACACUGCAUGCAGUGCUUCCGGAGUUGGAUUGCUUUCAGUGUCGUCUGAACUCUGUAGCAGGCUUGGAGCUUGUCACAUCAUUAUGUGCAACAGUGGAGUUCACCGCUGCACUCUGAGUGUUACCUUGGAACAGGCGAUCAUUCUGGCUCGGAGCCAUGGGCUACCUCCUCGUUAUAUCAUGCAAGCUACAGAUGUCAUGCGCAAACAGGGUGCAAGAGUACAGAACACAGCCAAGAAUUUAGGAGUGAGAGAUCGAACACCACAGUCUGUGCCAAGAUUAUACAAGCUAUGCCAGCCACCACCACCAGUUGGAGAAGAAUGAGGAGAACUGCUCCAAAAAAUUCCAGUAAUGACCUUAAGGAUACUGGGACUAUAUGACAAAAACCUAACUGCACCAUAGCAGUGUGUGCCUAGGGCUUUGAUAAAUAGAAAACCCCUUUACUCAGGAUAAAGAAAGAAAUACUCUAAAUAUUCUCUACUGGCAGUGAAAAAAAAAAACAACUUCUAAAAAGUAUUUCUGGAAUCUGUGCACUCCAGCCUUACGCUAGUAGAAUGGGAAUCUUCCUUGGGAAUUUUACACUGGAAUCCAGUUCAUUUGAUGUGUCUUGUUCAGCCACACGAUAGGUAUAGCCAGCAGCUGGAAUACAGAUGUCUUGUUCAGAGAGAAUGACUUCACUUGUACACUGUACAGAAUGUCUUCUUGCAGAAGAAAUAAAAGCCUAGAUAAACUAGGCUUGAUAAUGAGCAUGCACUUCAUACAGGGCCCUUUGCACUGAUAAUCCCCUUUUUCCCAUCGCUAUCAUAAUUUUUCAGAAUGGUGAUGUUACUGUUACAAGUAUAUAAUGUAAGCGAGGUUUAAAGGUGGAAAAUCGCAGAAUUGUGUUUAAUGGCUACAGGCUAGGAGCAUGUGCUUGUAAUCGGUAAAUUCAGUCAUGUCUUAAGGUGUCCUUUGUCAUACUCCUUUGGAAAGAGUACCUAUAUGGCAUAUGAGGUGAAGUUUUCCCCCUUGUUCAGUUGCCAUUUUAAUUAAGGAGAAGAAAUUUAAGAUCUUCAUCCAUGGUUAGACUGAAUUUCAGACUCUGUCAAGUAGAUGUUUUACAUUAUUGAGUCUCUGCAUUUCAGAGUUUUCCAGAGUUGUGUAUAAUCUUGUAUUAUAGUGCUAGACUAGCAAAUCUGUAGAAGGCGAGGACGAGGCAGUAUUGUUACGUUUAACUGGAAAUGUCUGUGGUAUAAGUUGAAGCAUAGUUUGGGGGGGUUGAUGUAUUGUUGCAUUUCCUACGUUUUGUCAGAAUAGUGUUGUUUUUUUUAUAGUAUGUCAGUUCUUUUGGAGUGGUAAUUGUUAUAGAUUUAUUUUGAAAUUGUAAUGAAUAUUUAGAGGGACCAGGGAAAAUGUAUCUGCAUUUGGCUGUUCUUUUGGCCGAAGAAUUCUCAAAGAAGGUGUCCCCAGAUGAGGUUUCAUAUGUGAACACAUUGAAACAAAAGCUAUAUUCUGAAAUAGUUCUACUUGUAGCAGCUAUGCAGUCUGUUAGAGCAGGACUGAGUAAAUGUUAUUUUCUGUACAACAGUGGCCUAUAGUUAUGCUGUAGCAAUCAAACCUCACAACAUAAUUGUUGAAUAUUAUCUAAUUAUUUAUGAAAUCAUCAAUAAAUAUAGUAGUCCACAGUUAAAUAAGUGAGAAUUCAAAAAGAGAUGUACUCUUGCAGAGAGUGUUUUUAUAUAGGAUAUCUAGGGGACUUAUUACUUUUCUCCAAAGGAGGAAUUAGAGCUCCUACCUUUUUCACUAUUCUUAAUGUUUUUACACAGACUUUAACUUUGCUAAGAAAAUAAAUAUUUUUAUAUAUCCACAAAUAUAUAUGUCUGCACAUAUACGUGAGUUUCAAUAUGUAUAUAUUUCUGUAGUCAUAUCAGUUACUAGUACAAUCUUAAAUAUAAAAAGUUUGCCUUAAACUGUGACAAAGAUAUGCAGUAAUGAACACGUCACUAACAAUUUCACCUUUGUGCUUUGAAGUUUAUGCUCUUUCAGAGUUACUGGAAGCUGUGGAACUAUAAUAUUUUUGAUGACAAACAAAAAUAGAAAACAAAGUUUUACUCUUUAGAAAUUACACAUUUCGUCUAGGAUGAUCCAAUGCAUGUACGUAAAAAUGAGUCACAAUUUCUGUAGUUGCUAUUCUAGUCAGGAUCUCAAACUUCUGGAUGUGUGUCAUUCGGAGAGACAGUGUUGGCUCUAGUAAUUCCCGCUUCAGGCAAAAGCACAAAAAAAUGGUUCAGUUUCUGCUUGUUCAGACAUCAGGAGUUUAGAGAAGCCAUAAUCACCUCAUGCCAAGAAUGGUGUCAGUGUGAGCCCAGCUGUGAGCUCACAUCUUCCUGUGAGAUUUGCCCACGAGUUUAUUUACUACCAGGCAAAUCAGCUGUCAGGUGCAUGUUGCUGCUAAUCCUGUAUAAUACAAAAUAACCUAGAGGACAGAAUCUGUUGCAUGCACAUGCAUUAUUGUAACAAGCCAUCACUCUUUAUUGCAUUGAAAAUGGCAGGAAUGCAAGUAUACCAAAACAGUCUCCCUGUAUAAUACAGUGCCUGAUUCUUUUUAUUGUGAAAACAAGGGCUAAUACACAUUUGUAAACACAGAGGGACAAAUACUUACGAGCCAGUCACUGGACAAAUAUUUGAGCUAUUGUUUCAUGCAUGUGCAUCAGAAAUCCCAGCCUUUUGGGUUUGUAUCUCAUUUUUUGUUCUUUUGGGAUUUUGUUGUGUUUUUUUUUUACCCCUAGAGGCAGUUUUCAAAAACCUGAUCAGCACUAUGAGCUUCACUGGUGACCCAUACUGCAAAAUAAAGUGUCUAUUUAGCCUGGUAUCAAAGGGGCUGAGAAACCGAAGCCCUGAUUUUCUGAGAUUAUAGGUAGCAUGCGUAAGUACAGGAUUUCCAGGGGAAAAUGAGCAUAAAUGUCCCACAGACUGUCUAUGGAAAACGGGUGACUAAUUUCUCAGAAUUCCCUUUAAAAGUCAGUGUUUGCUGGAAACAUUGUUCAGAAUUUCAAACUGCUUUUCUCUUCCCUCUGUUUUCAGAGCACAUUCUAACACAUCUGGCUUCUAGUAACAUUAGAUGAAACUUUAAGAAGCCCAUUCAUGAAGUAUACGUUUACAUAUGUUCAUUAUUAUUUGUUUGGUAUAGGUAGCAGAUGUAUUUGUUCCCUAUGCAAGGUGCACUUACAGAGCUAAAAGAAAGAAAUCCAUUCUCAUCAUAGUAUUAUGUUUAUCCUCUCAUAAACUUUUAGGCUUAGAGGUAACUGAGAGUGAUGAUUUAUAAGAACUGUAACACCCAUAGCUUGUUAAAUCUUUGCUUCUGCAGCAACAGAUUGUGCAGCUUGUUUUUGCAAGGAUGUGUUGUACUGGUUUAGGGAAAGCACUCUCUGUGUCUUUUUCAUCCAAGACAAAUCUUCUGGGAAUAAAUUCAGUUCUGGGAAUAAAUUCAAGGAUCUGGAGGCAUACACUACCAAAUAUUGACUACCAGUGGUAGUCUGUAGGGUUUGUACAGCAGAUGUAACAGCUGGGAAGGGAGGCUUAAGGGCCAAGGAACAGUGAAGUCGCCAUAGGGUUCAUGCUUGGAGAAAACUAGAUUUUGAUUUUAAAGUAGUUCUGAUGGGGUUUGGCCUAUCUUUGUAACCAUCAUCUAUGAAUAAUGGGAUGCCAAACAGUCUUUAUGAGAUGAGCAUCGAUUCAGUAUAGUUUCCCAAAUUAGGUGUUUCAUAACAUUUAUUUCCCUUGUAGAUUGUAAAUGUAAAUGAAUAAAAAAAAAUGUAUCAAUUCCAGUUUCUAAAUGUCCAACAGGUUUGUGUUUAGAGAUCCAUUUUAAAGUAAAUAUUCCUGCUAUCAGCUGAACCAGACAACAAAUUUUACAUCCACUGAGGGAGCUACAGUCUUUAGUGGCCUUUUAGGUAGUUUUCCCUGGGGUUUAGGAAAUGCAUCAGGUUUUCAGUUUGGUUUUUGUUUGUUUUAAUGUGGUCAGUAGUGGUCAGUACUGCUCUUCUACUGGUUUAGAGCCAAAACAAUUAAAUGUAAGUUGAUGAGGAUUUAUAGUAAUCAUGCUUAGUUCAUUUAUCAUCUAAUGGAAAGAAAAAGAACCAGUUUUAUUGACCUCUUUACCCAUAGAAAUUCACAAGCAAACAGCAGUGAUUUUUUUUUUGCUUAUUUUGUUAAUUCAUUGUCAGAUGUAGUGUAUGUAUGUGUAUAUAUAUAUUUCAGACAACUGCCUGAAUGUGAGUAUACACAUCAUGGUUAAGCAUGAUGCUCAAAAAAGCAAAGUAUCUUUCAUUUAUUUCCAUUUAAAUUGUGAAAUCUGUAACUGUAGUGUAUAUUGUUCCAUACCCUUUACGUUGCAGCUACUUCUGCCAGCAUUUUAUGCAUAUUUUGCACCAUUUUUGUUUAACAUUAUGAAAAGAGCUAAUGCAUUGCCUUAUGUACUAUAUCUCUGUACUUGCUGAUAAAUGCAGGUAGUGCUUUUCUAAAUGUACUCUAGUAGUACACUAGCAUUGGUAAAUUUAGAUGCACAGUGCAUACCUGUCUCAGGAUACAUGGGUUUUUCAUCAUUAGGUUUUGAAGUAUAAGAAGAUACUGAACUCAUGUUUUUGUAUGAUGACAAUUGUGUAGUUUUGUUGUUGUUUUUCUUUUUUCUUUGUUUUUGUUUUAUAAUAUAUAUUCUGUAUAUAUCAAUCAAGUUUUCCUAAAAGAAUGUUACUACGAAUAUUUCCCUUUUCCUGCUAGAAAAUGUUUAUGUUUUCUUGUCGUGUAUGUAUAAAUGAAUAUAGAGCAUGCCUAAUCAUGCAGAUGUUAACACCGGUGAGAAAUUUUAGAUUGUCUAGAGGCCAGUCAAGUAGUCAUUUCUUAUGUUCUACUGCAGAAGUAACAUAUCCAUCCAAGAAAUCCAAUGUGGCUAUAGUGGAACUACCCUAAAAAUAACUCCUGCUUCAGUUACAAAGUCCAACAGUAUUCAAAGUAGCUGGGACAUCUCUGAAAAUACUUAGAUUUAGACUUUAAUGGGAAUUUCCACAACAUCUUUUCUGUACUUUGUGCCAGAUUUAAAAGACUAAGUGGCCUUAAUAACUUCUUAACACCCUGUAUAUACUGUAUGUACUUGGUUACACUUUAAAAAUGAACUUAAUUUCUGUACUGAAUAUUGCACGCAUUUUUCAAAUGAAGAAUAUAUUGUUUGUAACAUCUCAUUAAACACAGGAGAGCAUUACUGCUUUGAAAUACUAUGUGUAAGUGCACAGAAUCUCUCAGUGAGCUUUUGUUUGGAAACAGUCACACUAGCAGCUCUGUGGGUAGUUGAAUUUGUCAUAAGUAACCUUUGGAAUUUAAUGUUAAAUAUCCUUGAAACAUGGAUUUAAAUUACUUUUGCCUUGUUUGUAAAGUACCUUUGUAGCAUACCUUGAAUCAGUUGCUAUACUGGUUAUGUGUUAAACUAAUACAGUGUACUUUAGAUCUAUGGUUUUAUUUUUUUAGUCUACAUAUUAAAGACUGGAAUGGUAACAAUGUAUUACAGACUGUCAGACAGCAAUAAAACCAUUCAUAAUAUGGC